AUGAAUGCUCAAGAUGCUAGCGUCAAACUGUUAAAAGCCCAUAGUGAUGAAAUCAAUACUUGUGCUUUUUCAUCCGAUGUAACACUAUUAUUAACAGGAGCAGACGAUGCCACCGUUUGUGUUUGGGAUUGUCAAUCAGGAUCCUUAAUUAAAACUUUAGAAAAGCAUACAGGUCCUGUUCGUUGUUGUUGUUUCUCACUUGACAAUAAUUAUUUUGCAACAUCAUCUACCGAUCGAACAAUUAUCCUAUGGAAAGCAACAACUUGUCAAGACAUUAUAACUUUAAAAGGUCAUCAUCGAAGCGUAGAGGUUUGCUGUUUUUCACCGGACAGCACCUUACUAUGUUCUGGCUCCUGGGAUAAUUGUGCCAUUUUAUGGAAAAUAAAUGAGAAUAAAAGUCAACUUUAUACUAAGUUAACGGGACAUUCUAGCUGUGUUCAAUCGUGUGCAUUCUCCCCUGAUGGAGAUCAGCUCGCUACAGGAUCAUGGGAUCAUACAAUUAGAAUUUGGAAGUUAUACUGUGGUAUUCGAUGUAUCCAAGUGUUAACUGGUCAUUCCGGUAAUGUACAUACUGUAAUUUACUCCAGUAAGAAUCAAUUAGCGUCAGGAUCGUGGGAUAAAACCGUGAUACUAUGGGAUGUAGAUAAAGGAUACCCUCUUCACGUAUUAGUGGGUCAUGAUGGAUGGAUUCAAGCUUGCGCAUUUUCUCCUGAUGCUACAUUUCUGGCAUCAGCAGCCGAUGAUGAAAGCGUUAGGGUAUGGGAUGUCAGCACUGGAAAAUGUACUUCCAUUCUACAGGGACAUGUCGAUGAAGUUCAUACUUGCGCAUUCUUACCAAGUGGUCAUAUUUUUACGUCAGGAUCCGUAGGAGAAUGGUUUAAGAAAGAAAGUGGAUUGUUAAAUUUAUCAACAGAGAGUUUGGACACGAUUGAUAAUGACUUGUUGGCCAUGCAGUAUAAUCCAGAGAAAUAUAUACAAAAUUUAGAUUUUAAUAUGCACGUAUAG